GGUUGAAAAACUUCACUAAUCUUCUGUAGUUAUGUACAAAUUUUCAAAAAUUUGUUCAGUUUCGUCAUUAUGAUUUAAGGGUUGAACAUCCUGUAUUUCACGUAGACACGUACACCUCUCUCCCUGUUUCUGUUUUUCUGUAUCCAUCCAAUGAUUUUACAUACCUACUAGCGAUGUAAUUUUACUUACAUUACUUGUAUACAACCAUGAAAUGACAAAUUAAUUACAAAACAAUACAUACAAUUCUUAUGAAAUAAAAUAAGUUAGUAAUAAGCAUGAAAAUCUCCAAGAAAACGGCAUUGAAGAGGAGAGCACCGACUGACAAAAAACACAAAAGGAAAAAGAAGUUGCGAAGAGUCUCAACUUCGUCAUCAUCAAGUGAAUCGUCUAGUUCCAGCUCAACGUCUCGUAGUUCAUCAAAUUCGUCAACUAGCAGCAGUUCGAGUAGUAGCAGCAGCAGUACUAGCUACAGUUCUUCGUCGGAUGACAAAAGAAGAAAGGGCAAAGUGCUAAAAAAGAAAUCUUUUAAGAAACCUCAAGUUGCGAAGAGUAAAAAGUUAAAAGCCAAGCAGGAGGUCUCGACAGAUGUGCCGUUGCAUCUAAUGGAGAAAUCCAAAGCGAUGGCGCCCAUGACCAAGGAACAAUGGGAGAAGCAACAAAGUGUUGUACGUAAAGUUUACGAUGAGAGUACGGGCAGGCAUCGAUUAAUUAAAGGUGAUGGUGAAGUAAUUGAGGAAAUUGUCAGCAAAGAAAGACAUAUAAAUAUUAAUAAGACUGCAACGAAAGGAGAUGGGCAACAUUUUCAAAGGACUACUUUGUUUACAAAACGUUAAUAAUCAAAUUUCAGUAGCUACUGGUACUAUUAAAAUAUAUCCUUUGGCUACAUCACCGCUAUUGAAGAGUCUUAUGAUGUUAGGUUGAACCUUUUGCAACACUAAAAAUUAAGCAAACCCACCCAAUGAGGUCUGCUUUUUGUACCUCCCAUUAACUUCAUUCAUGUGAUUGUUGAUACAAUUGUUAGUAGUAUCAAGUACUGAAUAAAUUUAUUGGGAAAUGAAAAAUAGAACUUAAAAGACUAAUUCUAAAUGAAAUCGAAUUAGCAAAAUCUAUUGCAUUAUACAUUUUUGUGCACUAAGAAUACAAUUCAUAAUGUAACUAUAAUUAGUAUAGGUGCUAGGCAUUGUAUUUUCAUUGUCCAUUGCCUGUAAUGCCUAGGAGGAUUUUAAUAAUUGUAUGUUCUUAAAAAUUAUAAUUUUGCUAAUGCAAAUCCUAUGUUUGAGGUGUUUUAAUUACAUAUUACGAAAAGAGAUUGAAUUGAAAGAAGCAGGAAUUGUUAUAUGCAUGACUUAUUAAAUGAAUGAUUUGAAUACAAUGUUUAUAUUAAUAUAUUAUUAGCAAAA